AUGGCGGACGACGAGCUGGAUCAGGAUGUAUUCGACUCGCUCGAGCGAGAAGCUACAGAAUUUACAAAGGAUGCGGAGAUCGACCGCAUCCGCUCGGCCUUCUCCCUCGAUGCAUAUGCCGUCCUUGAUCUCCAACCCGGUGUGACCGAAAAAGACAUCAAGGUCCAGUACCGGAAGAAGUCCCUCCUCAUUCACCCGGACAAAACCAAGAACCCCGCGGCACCUGAUGCCUUUGACCGACUGAAGAAGGCGCAAACAGCCCUCCUGGAUGAAAAACAGCGCACCUAUCUGGACGAGUGUAUUGCAGAUGCUCGACGGUUAUUGAUCCGCGAACACAAGUAUACAUUGGACUCGCCCGAGCUGCACACGGAAGAGUUCAAGGUGGAGUGGCGCAAGAAGGCCGUCCAGGUCCUACUGGAAGAGGAAGCCCGGCGACGCCGUCAGGCCAAAGCUCGGAUGCAAGAAGAGGGUCGGGAAAAGCGCAAGGAAGAAGAAGAACUAGAGGCGCGCAAGCGCAAACGGGACCAAGACAAGGCGUGGGAAGACACCCGCGAAGAGCGCAUCGGCACUUGGCGAGACUGGCAAAAGGGACGCAAGACCGGCGAUGACAAAAAGAAGAAGAAAAAGAUGAAAGUGCUCGGAUGA